AUGCUUAACAAGAGCAAAUGGGUAAAGGAUAAUGGUUACGGUGGUAUAAUCGUAUGGGAAAUAACCCAGGAUGAUUUCCACCCCAAGUGCUGCUCUAAGAGCUACCCUAUGCUGCGGGCCAUCAAUCAUGGCUUAUUUGGCACCGGCAGUGGACCCGAGACUUAUGGCUGCGAACGAAAAUAAACAU